AUGGGCGAUUCAGACAUCAAGAAUAUUUCAAACACACCAGCUCCAGGAAUCAGUUAUUUCACACCGUAUCAGAAUCCCCCGGCUGGCCAGGCGGCAAACCCACAGAGCAAUGGCUCUGCCCCGCCAAAGCUGUUUCAACCGCUACAGAUAAGAGGAUUGACACUUCAUAAUCGCAUUGGGCUUUCGCCUCUCUGCCAGUAUUCAUCGCCAGAUGGCCAUCUUACCGACUGGCAUAUGGCUCACCUUGGCAGUAUUGCAAUCCAUGGAGCUGGAUUCGUCAUGGUAGAGGCCACCUCCGUCCUUCCUGAAGGGCGAAUCACCCCAGAGGACUCAGGACUAUGGAAAGACUCACAGAUCGAGCCGCUACGGCGAGUCGUUGAGUUCGUGCAUAGCCAGAGCCAGGUUAUCGGCAUCCAACUUGGUCAUGCCGGCCGCAAAGCCAGCUCCUUUGCCCCCUGGCUGACAUCCGGCGACCUUGCUGACGGAAGUGCGGGCGGCUGGCCGGAAAAUAUCAAGGGACCAAGUGAUAUCCCAUGGGGUCCACGACUGGGCAACCCGAAAGCCAUGACGAAGGCUGAUAUCGAGGAAUUCAAGGAUGCCUUUGGCGCCUCGGUGCGUCGUGCUGUGACUGCCGGUGUUGACUUUAUUGAAAUCCAUAAUGCUCACGGAUAUCUGCUGUCAUCUUUCCUGUCUCCAACCUCGAAUAAUCGAACGGAUGAGUAUGGCGGUUCGUUUGAGAACCGCAUGCGUCUUACAAAUGAGAUCGUCGACAUCUGUCGCAAGAAUAUGCCGGAAGAUAUGCCUCUAUUUCUCCGAGUUUCGUCUACUGAAUGGCUCGAGGAGUCACGACCUGAUUUGUCUAGCUGGACGGUAGAGGAUACGGUUCACUUUGCGGAGGUGCUAGCUGAAGGUGGCAAGGUUGAUUUCAUCGACAUCAGCUCUGGCGGCAAUCACCCAGACCAAAAGGUGCGAGGAGCCCUGCCUGGCGUACCUUACCAUGCUCCCAUGGCGAAGGCUGUGAAAAAGGCUGUUGGGGAUCGCCUGCUUGUUGGUGUGGUCGGAAACAUCACGACCGGGACCACUGCCAACCGUCUACUGGAGGAAGAUGGUCUAGAUUUUGCCCUCGUUGGCCGCUGGUUCCAAAAAUACCCCUCCCUCGUGUGGUCUUUUGCUGACGAGCUAGGUGUUGACCACAAAGUUGCGAACCAGAUGUCAUGGCCCUUUGGAGGAAGAGGCUCUACUGCCUAUUUGAAAGCUGCACAGAAGAAUUAG